AUGUCUCAAUUCAAGUCUCGAAAUCUAAAACAGCCUGUGAUCCGGCGGCUUGGGCAUUUCGAGCGGUUCCAGGAUUCGUUCCAGACAAUGGACAUAUAUCGUGGCACCAGCAUCACUUGUCUCUACAACAUACCCGAAAGCCUUCGAGAUCCGUCUUCUCAUGAUAAUCUGGUGCAAACACUGGAACUUGCCGUAGCAAAUACCCUCAAUCAGCAUCCCCUCCUCCAAGUUGGAAUCAUCAACGAAAGGACCAGGCAAGCUGCUUGGAGUCGAAUAGACCAGGUGAAUCUGGCUGACUAUAUCGAAUGGCGGCUUGUUGAUGCACUCGACAAUUACGAUGAUACAUUACGAGAGAUCACUCAGCAGCAACUGGAUACGAAGUUCGAAAACCGCGCGACCCGCUUCGGAUGGCGAUUAGUGGCCUUGAAACUUGAAGCGCAAAACCUACUCGAAAUUGUGUUCGUCUGGUGCCAUGCUAAUCUGGAUGGGACUGGUGGCAAGAUCUUCCACGAGUCUUUGUUGCACUCUUUGAACUCUGUGAUGACUGGUGCUUGCCAAAUCUCGCUCGAGAACCAUAUUUAUCAGACCACAGCUUCAGCACAGAACAUGUUGCCAUCGCAGGAGAUUCUUGCCAACUAUCGUAUCACUCCUAAAUUCGCCCUCAAUACUGUCUGGGAUGAAUUAAAACCCCCCAUGUUCGUUUCAAAGUCCACUUAUGUCUCCUGGGCGGAUAUAACCAAAGCUCCCUGCAAGACACAAGUCAGAAGCCUGCACGUCAAUCAAAUCACCCUUCAAAAGAUUCUGACGGCUUGCCGAAGUCAUAAGACUACACUGACAGGUCUCUUACAUGGAAUAACAUUUGUAUGCCUCGUCAGGCAAUUACCAGAGAGCAAGAUUGCUUCAAUGAUGGCCGAAACCCCGAUUGACCUCAGGCGCUUCAUUACGCCCCAAGAUAAGGCUUCACCUACGAUUGACCCUGGAAGGCUUAUCGGUAAUUAUGUGACGCAAAUGAAGCACGUUUUUGGAAAGGAACUGGUCAACAAGAUCUGGAGGCUGAGUCAAACUGUCGAUGAGGGGCAACAAUUUACUGCCCUAGAAACGGAUAUGUGGGCCACGGCUGUUCGUGUACGUCAAGAGAUUCAAGCUAAACUUGACUUGGGAUUGAAGAACGAUGCCGUUGGUCUAAUGGCGGCGGUUAGUGAUUGGGAGAAGUACCAGCAGGACGAAUUGGCGAAGCCCAGGGUUGUCUCGUGGCUAAUCACUAAUGUGGGCCAGAUUGAUGGACUACACAAGGUUGAUGAGAAAUCGUGCUGGUCUAUCGAGAGAUGCAAGUUCUCCAUUACUGCUGGAAUCACUUGGCCAAUGUUCAGCAUUAGCGUGAUCAGUGCGAAGGGUCAUGACCUUUGCGUUAACAUUACGUGUCAAGACGGCUUAAUUGAUCCUGCGAUUGGGGAUCGGCUUGUUGAGGGUAUUAAGAAGUGGCUAGAUCACAUAGCGUGUAACUUGAGUAUAAUCUAG